GUCCAGGACAGGGGAAGGCACCCCGGUACCUGCCUCCUCUCCCACACCGCCUGCAUCAGUCACAUCUCCUCGAAAAUUUGUCUUUGAGAUCUGCAACGUUUCUUUUUUAAGACCCUCCCUUGUCUCAGUCAGUGUCUUUUCAUAAAGAUAACCCAGCUCCGAUCUAGCACUCGUCAUUAGUAAAUGAUGAAGCACUUGACGCGGGAGCCCUGUAUAACGCGUGAAUGCAUGAGGAAACCUGCCUCUCUGAACACGUGUACGUGAUUAAUAUUGGUCUGUCGGCAACAACACGCGUCUUCCCGUGCUCCUCCAGUUUGUUUGGUGGAAAACUGAUUUGUCAGAUCUUUAUACCACACCUGAAAGGCAAACUCCCUUCGGAAUAUAAAUAACAGCUUUGUAGCUGUUAGAAAAGUUUUAAUGCUGCUUCCUCUUCACUCCCCAACUAACUGUGUUUUUGCUUUGUCUUUUAUGUUUAAAGAGAGGCAGUCUUUAGAAGGAUAUCGAGGCAGAGAAGUGUCCUGUAAUUGUGGUAUCAGCUGAAUAUAGCCUACAGGAUAGCAGUGUUCUGGGGUGUUGGCUGCAGUCCCUUGCUGUGUCCUGACUGUGUCAGGAGGAAAUCUGGGUUUGCUCCGUUCCUCCACACAUGCUCAUACCCUUGGGACAGGUGCUGAGUGUGCGGUCUGUGUUUUCCAGCAGAUACUUGGGCUGAAUCGAUGGAGAAGCCAGAACUGCCAGGAUUGUUUGCCUUUCAAUGCAAAUAAUAUUAUGUAACAUAUCAAUAAAGAGUCUUGCUGUGGAGAGAAGCCCAAGUCUGAACCAUUCUUAAGCUUCUCUGAAACUUAUUCCACUAUGAAACAGCUGUCAGCAGAGACUAUUCGUCUCCUUUCAAGUUCUCAGGUGAUUACGUCAGUUGUCAGCGUGGUGAAGGAGUUGAUAGAAAAUUCCUUGGAUGCCAGUGCUACAAAUAUUGAUAUUAAACUGGAGAAUUAUGGGUUUAACAAAAUAGAAGUAAGAGACAAUGGCAAUGGAAUCAAGGUUGCUGAUGUUCCAGUUAUGGCAAUUAAACACUACACCUCAAAAAUAAGCUCUUCUGAGGACCUCGAAAGGUUGACGACGUAUGGUUUCCGUGGGGAAGCUUUGGGUUCUAUUUGCUGCAUAUCAGAGGUUUUGAUCACAACGAAGACAGCUGAUGAUGAUUUCAGCACUCAGUAUGCUUUGGAUAGCCAUGGCCAUAUAACUUCUAAAAAGCCUUCCCAUCUUGGACAAGGUACUACAGUAACAGUCCUAAAGCUGUUUAAGAACCUUCCUGUAAGAAAGCAGUUUUACUCAACAAAUAGAAAAUGUAAAGAAGAACUGAAAAAAGUUCAAGAUCUACUGGUAACAUAUGGUAUCAUAAAACCAGACCUGAGGAUAACCUUAACACAUAAUAAGGCAGUUAUUUGGCAGAAGAUGAGGGUGUCAGAUCACAAAAUGGCCUGUAUGUCAGUUCUGGGAACAGCCGUUAUGGGCAGUAUGGUACCUUUUCAACACUGCUGUGAAGAUCCUGAGAUAAAUCUUUCUGGAUUUCUCCCGAAAGCUGAGUCAGACAGUUCUUUGACAAGCCUUUCAAGUUCAGAAAGGAGUUUCGUUUUUGUAAAUAAUCGUCCAGUUCAUCAGAAGGAAAUACUGAAGUUAAUUCGACAGUACUACAGUCUGGUGAUGCACAAGGACUGUACUCGUUUAUAUCCUAUUUUCUUUUUGAACAUUACUGUACCUGCUUCUGCUGUGGAUGUGAAUUUAACACCUGAUAAAACUCAAGUUUUACUGCAUUAUAAGGAAUCUGUCUUACUUGCUGUUGAAAAUGUGUUGAAAUCUCUGUAUGGACCACUACCUGCUACAGUCCCUGGUGAAAGUAAUAAAACAGAUGUUACUGCAGAAGACAUGUUUGUUCAUAGAACAGAACAAACAGAUGUGGUUAAUGAAAUGGGACCAUCUGGAAAUGAUGAUCUACAUGCUCAUACUUCAUUCCUUUCAUUCAGCAGUGAUGUGCAAAACUGUCAAGCAGGAAAAAACACAGAGAUCUGCUUAAGUCAUCAGACAUUUUGUGGUGAUAAUGUACAUAGUCGCCUGGACAAAAAAGAGGUUUCUAAGAGUGAUGCCUUUUCAGACAGUUCCUUAAAUUUAUUGUGUGAGGAGGAACAGAAUGGACAGAAUAUAACUGAUACUGAAAAUAACAGUGUUCCCAUGGACCCCAAGACUAAAAAAGCCAAUGAGCAUCUUUUGAGUUCUGAUAAUAUUGACAAAAUAGAAAAAAAUGAUGAAGUCUUAAUCUCUAAAGACUUACCUGAAAUCUCUGCUGAUAAUUGGAGUAUGGGAAGUGGAUUUAAAAACCAUCUAGGAGACAAUCUGGAACCUGUUAAGAUUCUGAUUCCUGAAGUUGGAAGAACAAUUAAUAAGCAAAAUGAAUAUACUGGUGAGCAAAGCAAUGAUCCACAAAUCUUAAAUCAAAGCAUAAAGAAAAGAAAUGUGAUAAGUGAUAAAUUCGGACAGGUGUCAGCUUAUGACUUAAUUAGUAGUAAAAUAAUAAGAAAACCAAAGUCUGCAAUUGGAUUUUUCACACAAGAAUGUCGUCCAAAACUGAUAACUGAUAAUCCAAAGGCCAGCAUGGAGGACAUCCUGCUGAAAAUUGAAGAGCAGUGGAAGAAUUUGAAUGAAGACGAAAAAAAGAAUUAUGAAAUAAAAGCUGCUAAAGACAUGGAACGGUACAACAAAGAGGUCAAGAAAGCUAUGGGACAGACAGUGCACCGACCAACAAAGGAGGCAGAAAAACAGAAACCCAAACUGAAGACUUCCCUAUCCGACCAGCAGAAGCUUGACAAGAUAUUUCAUGCUCAAACUGAAAAGAAGCGGAAAUCUGAACAGCCUACAAAAAUUGUGACAGUGCCUUUUUCUCUGAGUUCCUGUAGACAUCAGCUUCAGAGACAUGAGAAAAAUUACUUGGAUGAACAUGAGCUUUUCCUGAUCCGUCGUCAGAGUUUUCCUGAUGUCUGGAUAUUUGCUACUGAAAAAAAGCUAAUGUUGCUGAAUCCCUAUAGAUUGGAAGAAGCCCUGCUACUUAAAAGACUACUAAUGAAUCAUAAGCUUCCAGUAGAGAAACUGGACCAGCCAAUUGUGUUAACCGACAGUCUUAUUGGUGGAGCUCAGUAUAUGGCUGCUCUUUAUAAAAUGCGAAAGGAUUACCGGAGUUUCAAUGGAUCAGGUUAUUUCUCAGAUCCAAGGCUUGUAGCAAAUGGAUUCCAAAUAAAAGUGAUAGAAGGUUCUUCAGCUACAGAAAGUCAUAUGGAAAUAGAAGGAAUGGCAAAUUGUCUGCCAUAUUAUGGUGUUUCUGAUUUGAAAGAAGUUCUGAAUGCAGUAGUUAAUGAAGAUGCAAAGGAAGUAUCUGAAUGUAGGCCUCUCAAAGUAAUCAAUUAUUUGGAGGGAGAAGCAGUACGUUUAGCUCGGCAGCUGCCCUUACAUUUGUCAAAAGAAGAUGUACAAAACACAAUUUACAGGAUGAAGCAACAGCUUGGAAAGGAAAAUAAAGGCUGUGUUCAUGGUCGCCCUUUUUUUCAUCACUUGACAGAUAUUCCAGAAGUUGACAAGCACAACUCCACGGAAAUUAUUCAGUAAAUGGAACAUUUUGUUUGGGAUCAUAUUUCUCUUACUUAAUUUUGAUCUGUAAUUUCAGUAUGUUUUGUGCAAAGCUUUUGUAUAAUGACUUUUCGUUAUCAUAUGUUCACCUCCUAGAGACUUUUUUUAAUUUAAAUUCAAAUGCUGCUUGAAGAUUGGAAAUAAAUAUUAUAGAGAAACAAUUCAUGACUAUUUUUUGAAAAGAAUUUAUUAAAGAAAUGUUCUCAA